ACCUCUUGCCACUCAACCAACCACCUGGAUCCGGCGAGGUGUGCAGCACAGGCAGCACCCACGCGCGGUGCCUUUGAACCGCAGGCCAGGACAAGGACAAACCAGGGAGGCUGGCAGAUCCAACCAAGCACGACUAUCGUAGAGCCCGAGCGUGCGCUGCGUGUGCUAGACCGACCUCCCUAGUCUUCCAGAGGCCUCGAACGAACGACGACCGACCUGGCAGCUAGGCGCGCGAAAAUUCAAGGCCCCAAGACCUUCAACCUCGACACGAGCAACCAGAUGACGACGGUGCGGGCUGUGGGAGCCAAGCGACCUCGGGGCUACGUUGCUGCAGCUGAAGAACCAACGCUGCCAUGGGCUGGAAGGGUGCCGAAGCCUGCCAUGGACGCAGAUAGUUUUGUGGACUACGGGAGCGGAUUCUUGAGGAAGUCGUGUGACAGCUGUGUCAGCAGCAAGCGGCGGUGCGAUGGUCAAGACCCCUGCACGCGUUGCUUGCGAAGGAAGAAGCCAUGCCACUACACCGAGAGGAAGAAAUGCGGCCCACGCAGCGGCCAGAAAACAGGGAAUGGCACGAGACGGCAGCCUGCGAGCAGCUCUCCCCCUGAUUGCGCGGGUUCAUCGGGCGCAGACGCUCGCAAGCAGAGGCGACAGUUCAUGGAGUAUCAACAACGCGCCCUCCGGACACAACAGCAGCAGCACGCGGCCGUUGGUGGAUUGGCUCGAGCGCCUGCUUCAGCUGCCAGCAGCCGCUACCCUGCGAUGGCCCAUAGUCGCCCCCUGCCGCCGCACGCCCCGAUUCUCUCUACCGGCGAGCUGAGCGGAGAGACGACGUGCGUAGACCAAACGGAUUGCUCUGACAAUGGGCUGCCCCCCCACCGAGUGCUGUCGCGAGACGAAUCAGGCAGCAGCUGGUGGUCCCUCGAUGACCAAGGCGGAGCGGGGGCGGCCGUGUCGGCGCGCUUGAGUGGCGGCGUCCCUGCCCCUAUCCCCAGCUCGUCGUGGCCUCAGCGCGAGCACCACCGGCCACACCAGCAGCACCACCAAGGCGGCAACAACGACUUGUCGAAUGAUGGUGCCGGCGUUGAGCACUACGGGCAGAGGACGGGGCUCUGGGGCGGGCUGCGCCCUGGCAGCGCUGCCGGCACCGGGUCCGGUAGCGGAGGCAGUACCGGCGAAUCUUGGGACGACGAGUCCGAGGAGGGCCAGGGCCAGGAUGAAGAAGAGGUAGCGGCACUGUUGCUCGGCCUCGGCAAGACAACAAACGAGGAUUUCGAAGGGUUCUCGGACGACGACGAGGAACCGGCGCCCGAAAGACCGGUUCGCCCCGGUGGCGUGGGCAUGUUUCGCGAGCCUCCCCGCCACUUGCCGGUGUCCAACGCCUCUCAAGAACUGAGCGUCUGAAAGGGCGGUCUGUAGCUAUGGCGUUAAUACCCUCUAUCUGUUAACCAACCUCUCUGUUGAGGGAAGUUAGGCAGCGGUGGGCACAGACUGAUUGUGGCGUUCGGUUGCACCGCUUUCACCUAGCAGCAACAAGGUGUGGUUGAGUAGAGGCCAUUGAUAUACUUCAUACAUUUGCCGGUUGGAUCACAUAAGAAUGCCUCUUCUGUCAGCGUGUAGCGUUCGCAAUGAUUCCCUCGCUGAAUUUCGUUUUACACGUACUGUUCAGAGGAAUUUUUGCGCUCGAGCAUAGAUUUGCGCGCUCGUGGCAGUUCUUUACAAGCUCAACAUAGAUUACGCAAGAGGUGGAAGGGACACGAGUAGCUGUAUACAAGUAGUCGUAUGCAUAGAUCGAUCUGGGCUGUUGAGUGGACUACUUUCGUACCACUCAGUAGACGGCGACGACGCGCGUGCCCUACCUGCAAGUAGUAUACACCCCAAUAGCCAGGGGCGACAAAUCGAAGCCGUAAGGUGUCUGUUUAGGAGUACCUCCGUGUGCUGUUGAGCGGUAUUGCGUUUGUCGAUGUUUUGGUUGUUCGAUGUUACGCGCGGUUUCCAGCGUACGUCUAUUUGUUGGCCUGGUAGAACUGGUCGCCGGAGUCUCGAGAAGUCCCGACGACGAGUACCUCACAGCAACGUAUGGCUGUUUGAAAGAUGUUUUUCGUGCUUGCGAAGAUGGUGAAAUACAGCCCAUUUGUUGGUAAGCUUGUUAUCUUCUUGGUCGUACUUUUGUGCUUUCGCGGGGGUCCUCUUUGGGUUUACUCUUAAGUUACUCUGUCGUGAUUGUCUGCAUUAUUGUAGUGCAUACAGCCAGUAGGCACGGUAUUUUGUCGCGCGAGGAGCCUUUAUUGACCCCCCCCUGUUUCUUGUUUUCUCCACGCAUGCGGCGGAACGCCGGUUUGAUGUUCUCGGGGCCGGUCCCGGAUGCCCCGCAAGUAUUGGGAGUAGCAGAUGAAGCUGUUGCCAGAUGAUUUUAUGGUGCGAGGUUGAGAUAAAGUUGUAUGGGAAAAAAUUGACACGUUUCGCG